AUGAUAGGCAUCACAACGGCAACUGAACUAGCCCACGAUGCGAGCGAUCAAAAUAUGGUUUCUAUUCUCAAAGAGAUUUCUAACUAUCCUGAUGAUUAUCCUUUAAGGUUGUAUAUAUACACCUUAGAGCUGUCGCCUGAUACACCGCUAGGAUCCUCAUGUUGCCCUCGCGGUUUUUCUGGCAGUGCAAGACAUAAAGGCAGUGAUCCUGAGGAGUUCGAAGCAAAUACAAAAUUCCUUAAACUCGAUACUGGAAUGAAGAUUAUUUCGGAUGGUUCCCCUCAUUCUGGCACCAUGGCUAUUCGAGAACCAUUUCUGAAAAACAAUAUAACGGACGUCCUGGGAUUCCCUCCGGAGGUACCAAACUAUGGGCAAUUGCAUUUCGAAACUGAAACGCUUGACAAACUGGUUCAAGAAUAUCACAAACAAGGUAAAUAUUUGUCUAUUCGUCAAGAGAUAGCAAAUUAUCCUGGAGUUACCGUAUUUACUCGAUUGAGCGCCGCCCCCGAUUGGGCGCAGCCCCCGAAUGAGCGCCGCAUUUGAGAUCAAAUUUUCUUAAAGAGCGCCGCCCCCAAAUGAGCGCCGCACUAAACAGUGUAAAAACUUUCCGCCGUCAAAGUGGGGACUAUGUAGUGGCAAAGACAUUUAAAACUUGUUUAUUUUAUUUUAGAUUUUUUUAAAGAGCGCCGCCCCCGAUUUGAGCGCCGCUCCCGAAUGACCGCCGCAUCUGAAGCUCUGAUAAUUUAAAGAGCGCCGCGGCGCUCAAACGAUUAAAUACGGUAAUUGCCUCAUCUAUAUAUAGGAGAAAGGACAUAUCCAAAGUCUUUGCAGACAUGCGAUAUAAUAAAUAAGGAAGAUAUGCUUUUGCAGGGUACAAUAUCACGUCAUAUGAAAAUUUCUGGCAAUUGGUGUGAACGAUUAGAUACUAUAUUCUUGGCACUCACAUUCUCUUACAUUCUUGCAUCUACCAGCAUGAAUAUGUGUAUAUUAAAUGGAAACGGCUAG